AGCAAAUAUAUGUUUUUUUUUUUUUUUUAUAUCAGCAAAACAAACAUAUGAUCUAAAGUCGACAGAUGUGUGUGCUCGUAAGGUUGAAUGGAAUCCCAGAGAUUGCGAUUGAAAUUGCAAAAGCUCAAGAAGAUAUAUUGUGGACCAGCACUGAUCCUGAAGAUUCAAGAACCAUGUUUGCAUAUGCUAUAGCACAUCGUCAAGAGGAAGUGGCAAAAUUUCUUUAUGAACGUAAGGCAGAUAAAUUUUGUGGCACUGAUGAAGAUGGAAACAAUAACUUACAUCCAGCAGCAAGGUUGGCUCCUCAUUUUCAACUAGAUCGCAUCUCAGGUGCAGCUUUGCGGUUGCAAAGUGAAUUACGCUGGUUUAAGUCGGUGGAAGCAAUUGUUCCACGGUUCUACAACGAACAGAAAAAUAAAAAUGGUGAAACUCCUUAUCAAGUGUUUGUUAAAGAACACGAGAACUUGUUAAAAGUUGCUGAAGACUGGGUGCAGAGAACUGCACAAUCUUCUACAUUCGUAGGUGCUCUUAUUUUCACUAGUAUGUUUGCUGCAGCUUUUACUGUUCCAGUAGCAUUUUGUGCUACUCUUUUUAUGAUGCUACGAGGUCAACGGAAGGAAGUCAUUCCAAUAACUGUGCUUGCUGGUAUUCCUAUCAUGUGCUUUGCGUUGUUGCAGUUUCCUCUUCUUGUUGAGAUUAUUGCUUUAACUCUUAGGCCGGACAUCUUUGAUAGAAAAACUGCAACAGCACGGUUGGUUGAAUGGCUGGGCGAUAAUAUUCCCAUCCUUCCGUUUGUGGUAGACGGAGUGAUCGAUAUAAAGUACCGACUGACCAACUAUCUAAGAAGCAGAAACGGAUAGUCAUGGUUAAGUGUAUUUUUUGUUUUUUAGCUAUGUGGUGCAAUUAAACGACUCUAGUCUAUAUAUUUUCUCGUUGGAAUAAAUACUUGGUGGAUCG